CUUCGGACACGUGUAUCCGGAUGAGCUCGACUCUGUCUGCACUGAAGAUUCUCGGCAUCAUUCUCUCAAAAUAGCUAGUUCGCCGCUGUCCAAAGGACGCCUUUGUUAGCCGAACAUCGUUAAAUAACUGUGAAAAUGUGUGCAAGGACCACAGCAAAGUACAUGGAUGAAAAGGACCGUACUCCUCGACGACUGGAAGAUCUUUGGCUUCAGCCUUAUGUUGUGUUACGCAGAGCUGACGUCAGUGAAGCUAUUCGUCCUAAGCAGCAGGAACCAGAGCUCACCCACAUUAAAGAAGAGGAAGUUGUGGGCAAAGAGGUCCACCACUUGAAUGAACAAAUGGAGCAGACCUUUCUUUGUACCGUAAAGGAGGAGGAAGAGCUGGAGCGACCUUGUAUCAAAGAGGAGGGAGAAGACUCCUGUGACAUUAAAAAGGGGGAUGAGAAAAUGCCAUUGACUGGUGUUCCUGUGAAGAGUUUUGAUGAGGUGAGCAAAGGGGCGGAGCCUCCAAGCUGCAGCUCAAGUCAACAAAUGUCCCGAGAAGGUGAUGCAGACCGCUGCGGAGGAUCACAAGCAGCUCCACCAUCAGAUAGUGAUGAUGUGUCGUCACAUGCUCCUGCUGAGGCUAAAAAAAAACACAGGCAAUGUUCUCAGUGUGGGAAACAUUGUGCUAAUAACAGUGUUUUGAAACAACACAUGAGAAUGCACACAGGAAAGAAAUACUUUUCAUGCUCAGUUUGUGGCCAAAGAUUUUCAAUGAAGAAAAACUUAAAAAGGCACACAAAAAUCCAUACUGGUGAGAAACCUUUUUCAUGCUCAGUUUGUGGUCAAAGAUUCUCUGUGAAGGCAACUUUAACAAGUCAUACAAGAAUCCACACUGGUGAGAAACCUUUUUCAUGCUCAGUUUGUGGCCAAAGAUUCUCUGAGAAGGCAACUUUAACAAGUCAUACAAGAAUCCACACUGGCGAGAAACCUUUUUCAUGCUCAGUUUGUGGUCAAAGAUUCUCUGUGAAGGCAACUUUAACAAGUCAUACAAGAAUCCACACUGGUGAGAAACCUUUUUCAUGCUCAGUUUGUGGCCAAAGAUUCUCUGAGAAGGCAACUUUAACAAGUCAUACAAGAAUCCACACUGGCGAGAAACCUUUUUCAUGCUCAGUUUGUGGCCAGAAAUUCACUCAGAAGGGACCUUUAAAAAGCCAUGGAAGAAUCCACACUGGCGAGAAACCUUUUUCUUGCUCAGUUUGUGGCCAAAAAUUCUCUGAGAGGGGAAAUUUAAUUACGCACACAAGAAUCCACACUGGCGAGAAACCUUUUUCAUGCGCCGUUUGUGGCCAGAAAUUCACUCAGAAGGGACCUUUAAAAAGCCAUGGAAGAAUCCACACUGGUGAGAAACCUUUUUCUUGCUCAGUUUGUGGCCAAAGAUUCUCUGAGAAGGCAACUUUAACAAGUCAUACAAGAAUCCACACUGGAGAGAAACCUUUUUCAUGCUCAGUUUGUGGCCAGAAAUUCACUCAGAAGGGACCUUUAAAAAGCCAUGGAAGGAUUCACACCGGUGGGAAGCCUUUUUCUUGCUCAGUCUGUGGCCAAAGAUUCUCUGCGAAGGAAACUCUAAGACGUCAUACAAGAACCCACACUGGCGAGAAACUUUUUUCAUGCUCAGUUUGUGGCCAAAUAUUCUCGAGGCAGGAACACUUAACAACACACAAAAGGACCCACACUGGUGAGAAACCUUUUUCAUGCUCAGUUUGUGGCCAAAAAUUCUCUCAUAGGGGAAGCUUGAUUAGGCACACAAGAAUCCACACUAGUGAGAAUUCUUUUUCAUGCUCAGUUUGUGGCCAGAAAUUCGGUGAUAAGAGAACCUUAAAGAAUCAUACAAGAAUCCACACUCGCGAGAACCCUGUUGCCUCCUCAGUCACUUGGCAAAGAGUCUCUAUGGAGAAUUCCGAGUUUGUUGGGGAGAUGAGCAAUGGUCCGUGAAGUUUUCAUCUUCCGUUUGAGUAGAUUUUAUAAGACUACUCUCUUUGCUCCCUGUCCAACUUCAUCCCUCCUUUUUUCCCUUUUAGCAUGCUUAGGGACUGCUGUCAGAAACCACUGUAUACAGUAUAAUUGCCAUUUUUAUGGUUGUUCACAUUUUUGUCGCAUCAAUGAUAAUUCUGUUCUAUGUACCUUUUGAUUGGGAUGCUGAACUGGUUUCCUUUACCACAGUGAGAGGUUCAUACUUUAGAAUGAUAUGGACUUAUGCAAAAUGAUAUAAAACGUGUCUUGUGAUACGCCUUAAUAAAUGGAGAUCCAUGA